GUACUUCUACUUAUCUACCCUUAGAACCAUUGGCUCAAUGAUGUCUAGGCUCUGGCAACCGAAGAGCCUGAUCCGAGCAUUGCACUCAUCAUGCACUCGACACACACUGCACCCAUUCCUAGAGACUGCCUCGUCCGGAUCGGUUGCACACGCCAUUACAUAUUCGCAGCAAAUUUCGGAACAAGAGCCAGAGCCAUUUCGGCUGGUGCGUGAGCAGGCGAUCAGCUUUGAUGCACACGAAGCGCGCAAGAUGAUCUCGCCAUUGCAAGGCUCAUUUAUGGCGCAAAUGGUCAGGGCAGCACGAGCGGAGAAUGUCCUUGAGCUCGGAUGCUAUUUGGGGUACUCAGCACUGUGGCUGGCACAUGGACUCGGCAAUGACAAGGGCCAUGUGUGGACUUGUGAGCGAGAUAUGCGAGUAGCUGACCAUGCUGCGAAGCACGUAGCACAGGCUGGCCUUUUGCAGAGAAUAAGUGUGGUUCCAGAGCCGGCCGACAAGGUCCUGCGAGACUGGGAUCUGGCUGACAGGCGGCUGCUGGACUUUAUUUUUAUCGACGCCAACAAGUCUGGAUACAGGGGUUAUUAUGACCUAAUUAUGGACCGGGGGUUGCUGAGUCAAGGUGGGCUGAUCGUCGUUGAUAACGUGCUGUUUCAUGGCCAAGUCCCUCAAGUCGCGCUUGGCAAGCAAAUGGCCGAUGAGGGCAAAGGGUUGCGUAUUGCCAAGAAGCUCCUUGACUUUAACCAGCAUGUCGCACAGGAUUCACGUACAGUCCAAACUCUGCUGCCUGUAUUUGAUGGGCUCUUGCUUGUGCGCCGAGCCUAAAUGCAUGCUUUAGACUUUGAAAUUAAUGCAUCCUGUGAAACUUGUCGGACCGGACAGACUGGUACAAAACCAUCGCGCACUCAGCGGAGUACGAAAACAAUUGGUGUUGCUGUUUUUGAGCUGUGCGGGAAACCAGAACCGGCGGGAUCUGCAGCUUUUUUUUUUGCGCCUUCUCUACCUUUUUAUGCAGCUUGGCCCUGGCAAACGAGGCUGCUAUCUAUUGCCCAGCACACAAGCCUUGGCGAAUCCAGCAUAGACCAUUGCCACUGCCCUUUCCCUGGCCACGGUCU